AUGGAGCCGGAGGGGACCACAGAGGGACAAGUCACUAAUUUGGCACAAUCUGCCGCGUCCAAACUGUCCCAGAUGGGCGAAAGAACUAAACAACUGGGCAAUGUGAUCCAAGAGCCAGAGCGGCAGAAACGGAUUAUUCUAGUGAUAGUCUGUAUAGCACUUUUGUUAGACAACAUGCUUUACAUGGUAAUUGUGCCAAUCAUACCCGAUUACCUUGAAGGGCUACAGAAUGCAGCGGAUCGAGCCCAAGCUGCUGCACCGCACACCAACUCCACUAACAGCACCAUCCACAAAGUACCCAAGGGGAACUUCGACCUACAGAUCGGCGUUCUUUUUGCCUCCAAAGCCAUCCUGCAGCUCCUGGUGAACCCGAUAAGCGGCACGUUUAUAGACCGGGUCGGGUACGAUAUUCCACUCUUCAUCGGUCUCAACAUCAUGUUUCUCUCCACCCUUAUUUUUGCUUUUGCUGAAAAUUACGCGACUCUGUUCCUGGCGCGCAGCAUGCAGGGCCUCGGCUCGGCUUUCGCGGACACUUCAGGGAUCGCUCUGAUCGCAGACAAGUACACGGAGGAGAAAGAGAGGAGCAAAGCGCUGGGUAUUGCCUUGGCUUUCAUCUCUUUUGGAAGUCUUGUGGCGCCCCCCUUUGGAGGGGUCCUUUACGAGUUCGCAGGGAAGCGGGUGCCCUUCCUGAUUCUGGCCUGCAUCUGUCUCACUGAUGGCAUAUUGUGCCUGACUGUACUGAAACCCUUCUCCAACCGAGAGAGAGAAAACAUGCCAGUGGGCACCCCCAUAUAUAAACUAAUGAUUGAUCCUUAUAUAGCUGUAGUGGCUGGUGCUCUGACCAUUUGUAACAUCCCUCUUGCCUUCCUCGAGCCAACUAUCGCCAACUGGAUGGAGGAGACCAUGCAUUCCAGCCAGUGGGAGAUCGGCAUGACAUGGUUCCCUGCCUUCUUCCCUCAUGUCUUAGGUGUAUAUCUCACUGUCAAAUUAGCAGCCAAGUACCCUCAUCUCCAGUGGUUUUACGGGGCUAUAGGUAUGGUUUUCAUAGGCGCGAGCUCCUGCACAGUGCCAGCCUGUAAAAACUUUGGACAGCUCAUGAUCCCGCUGUGCGGAAUCUGUUUUGGCAUCGCCUUCGUGGACACGGCGCUCCUGCCAACACUGGGCUUCCUGGUGGACGUGCGGCACGUGUCAGUGUAUGGCAGCGUGUACGCCAUCGCAGACAUCUCUUACUGCGUGGCCUAUGCCCUGGGGCCCGUGGCGGCUGGACAAAUAGUGCACGACCUGGGCUUCGUCCAGCUCAAUUUAGGAAUGGGCCUCGCCAAUGUACUUUACGCACCGGCGCUCCUGCUGCUGAAGAAUGUGACACAGAUGAAGCCUUCUUUCUCCGAGCGAAACAUGCUCCUGGAGGAUGGCCCAACGGGACUGUAUGAUACGAUUAAGAUGGAGCAACGGGAGAAGAAGAGAAAGGGCUUGUGUACAACGAUCGACGAGAACGGCUUAGAAACCUUUGCGCAACGGUCGUAUUCAGAGGAGGAAUCCUCGGGAGGAGAGUAUGCGUAA